CCGGUGUAUUUUUUGAAAAAAACAGUUGUCCUUUAUACACUCCGUCAUAUAUUUAGGAGUUUAAAACCUUGCAAGAAAGCCAGGACGGGGAGGGUUACAAUCGUUUCACUCAUAGUUCUGAAGUAUGGAAAGUGAUCGUGUCAAAGCUUUUGUUGUAUUAAAAAAUAAGCCUGAAUCAGAGAAAGCCCUAGUUAUUCUAAAGCGACUUGCUUCCCAAGUAAAACCCAUACUCAAUAAUCGUAACUGGACUAUCAAAAAUUUAUGUGAAUUUUUUCCAACAAACGAAAACCUUUUAGGUGUUAAUGUAAACCGAGGUUGGAAAGUAAAUCUUAGAUUGAGGCCGCAUUACGAUGACAAGCUGUUUUUAGAGUAUGAAGAAAUCUUAGGAACCCUACUGCAUGAAAUGGCACACAUUGUCAGAGGACCUCACGAUCAACAGUUUUAUAAGGUUUUGGAAGAAUUGAAAGCUGAAACUGAAAUAUUGAUGGCUUCAGGCUAUAGUGGCGAAGGGUUUUAUUCAAAUGGUCAUAGCUUAGGUUCACGGUCUGUGCCUAAAUACCUGAGUAAACAGGCUGCUGCUACCGCUGCGGAGAAAAGGCUUCAAACAUCUAGAACUAUGUUACCUCCUGGUGGUAUAAGAUUAGGCGGAGGGUCAUCGUUGUUGAAAAAUAUGACACCCGCUCAGUUAGCUGCAAAUGCCGCAGAAAAAAGAUUACAUGAUCAGGUUUGGUGUGGAGGGAGUGAUACAAAUGAAGGCUCUUCUUCCUCUUCAGCGUCAUCGCCUGAUAGUCCUUUGAAACGAAAAACAACUCCUCUAAGCAACAAGAUGAAUAAAAUGUCUGGUAACACAGAAACCAGAACAAAGAAAGCCCGUGUAACAAUUGAUCUAACCGAGGACGAAGAUGUGAUUUCAUUGACAACUGACUCGUGCGAUGAUGGCUGGUCUUGUCCUACUUGCACUUUUCUGAACAACCCCCUAUUAUUAGCUUGUGAAGUCUGUAGAUGCGAACGACCUAUCAAAGAUCUUGCUAUUCCUGCACAUUGUUGGAAAUGUCCUCAAUGUACAUUAAUGAACGAAAAAAAAUGGUUAUCCUGUGUAGCAUGUACAUUUGUAAAAUUGCAAUAGUAAAAGAAAUUCUUUAUUCAACAUGAAUUAUUUUAAAGAAACAUUUGUACAGUCAUUGGUUUUCUUACUGCAUUUGAAAACCCCUCGUGGUAU